CGCAUGCGUGAAGCGUAUAUCCGCUGUGGGAUAAUAAGCCCGCAUUCGAAACGGCGUCCUUCGUAGAAAUAUCACGCGACGAAUGUUGGAAGAUAAAUUUUUAGCCGCUGAGAAACCUUCUUAUAAAGGUUUAUUCCAGCUGCGGCGAUUACUUUACGAUGGAACGUUUAACACACAAUUAAGCGAGUGUGUAGGGAGUGCGUUCCAACAAGAAAUAGACUCAAAUAAGUCUGUUACACUAAUUACUCCAAAAACAAGCUUAUUAGAAAGUUUUCGUGGAAAGAAGAAUCUGAUUGCGGUUAGGUAUUCCGAAAAACAUUCUGGCGAGUACUAUGUGCGUGUCACAGAUUUUAUUGACAAGGGUGGAUUUUUUAAAUUGACCUGUGCAUUUCCCAGUGAUACAAAUUACAAUUUGUAUCACUGGAAAUCUUACUCCCCCGACAAGAGCAAGACAAAAUCUGAACAGGGCGACAUCGUCGCCUUCACAUUCUGGGAGAAAAAGGUCAUAAAGCUUUAUUUUAUGAACCGUAUUGUUAAGAAAGUUGAGAAUGCUGAAGUUAUACCACCUAGUGCUGUUGGAGCCACAAUAUUUGAAGAUGAGAAAAAUAAAAAAGCAAUUGAAAUGGUGACGAGAGACUCAAAUGGAGACUUAAAAGCAAAACUUUUUACUAAAGAAGAUAUUUCAAAUCUAACAACUGGAAAUGGUGAGAAGAAACAAACUACUGAAACAGAGGAAGAACAACCUAGUACUUCUUGUGAAACAGAUUGCGGAAAACCAAUUCAAGACAACAUGCCACAUACACAGCAAGCCUAUCAAGCAAGACACAAGCAAGACACAAGCUACACAGCAAAAGAGAGCAAGAUCAAGGCUGGUCAAAUGCAGAUGGAAGGAGAGAGAAUGAGAGCCAAGGAUGAACAACAACCUAGUACUUCUUAUGAAACAGAUUGCGGAAAACCAAUUCAAGACAACAUGCCACAUACACAGCAAGCCUAUCAAGCAAGACACAAGCAAGACACAAGCUACACAGCAAAAGAUAUUUCAUAUCUAACAACUGGAAAUGGUGAGAAGAAACAAACUACUGAAACAGAUGAAGAACAACCUAGUACUUCUUGUGAAACAGAUUGCGGAAAACCAAUUCAAGACAACAUGCCACAUACACAGCAAGCCUAUCAAGCAAGACACAAGCAAGACACAAGCUACACAGCAAAAGAGAGCAAGAUCAAGGCUGGUCAAAUGCAGACGGAAGGAGAGAGAAUGAGAGCCAAGGAUGAAGAACAACCUAGUACUUCUUGUGAAACAGAUUGCGGAAAACCAAUUCAAGACAACAUGCCACAUACACAGCAAGCCUAUCAAGCAAGACACAAGCAAGACACAAGCUACACAGCAAAAGAGAGCAAGAUCAAGGCUGGUCAAAUGCAGACGGAAGGAGAGAGAAUGAGAGCCAAGGAUGAAGAACAACCUAGUACUUCUUGUGAAACAGAUUGCGGAAAACCAAUUCAUGACAACAUGCCACAUACACAGCAAGCCUAUCAAGCAAGACACAAGCAAGACACAAGCUACACAGCAAAAGUAAGUACGACUGUGCAAAAAAACCUUGUUACUCAAGCGAUAAUCACCUCUAUAGCAGAGCAAAUAAGCACUGACUGGAAAGAUGUUGGAAGAAGGUUAAAAUUGGAGGAAAGUAUACUUGACAAUAUAGAGGACGAGAACCGUAAGACAAAUGAGAAAUCUACCAAAAUGCUUAAUAAAUGGAAACAGCUAAAUGCAGCGUCUGCUACUAUUCAAGUAUUGAUGGAUGCAUUGAAGCAAGCAGGAAGGAGAGAUAUAGCAGAGACAUUGGAAGAAAUGACUCAAGUGCAUGCCUCAGAGCAAGAUGAAGAUGUCCGUACAGCCACCACAGCAUUAGAGAAAUUGGAGCUAUCAGCAGAUGGUUUCAGUGACAGGGGAAAGCCUUUAACCACUCCUGAAAAGUGAAUAUUUCUCUUUGAUACAAUUCAAGUACAAGUGCUGGCUAUUUUCCACCGACCUCUGGAUACUUUUUUUUAAAGUCGACUUAACUUUUAUUUGAACUAAAAAGAUAAAAUAACUUCCACCUAAGUAGGGACUUAGCAAUCUCCACUUGAAGGCCCUGCAAUACAACAGGGCAGUAGUAAGGGUUGGCACUGGGAGCAUCUGCCCCCCCAGGGGCGGAUCCAGAAGUUCCAGAAAGAGGGGCUGAAGCAAGCCCUGAUUCAUUGCUUUUCUGUGAAUUUCCUUACAUUUCUUGUUCUUUUUGAAAUACCUGUAAAAAGGAGUUCAAUGUCCGCUCGGCCCACCCCUAGAUCCGCCUCAGCCUUGAAUAGUUUGAAAUGCCUUAUAAUUUUAGUCUACUUAGCAGCAUUGUAGUGAAGUGUAUUGUGUUUAUUAAUGUAUUUUAGUAUCUAAGCACUACAUAAUAUAUUCUUAGGCAGGUAGUACUGAUUUUUAUUCAAUUCUAGUUUUUCUGAAAGAACAUAUAAUAUGCUGUAAAUUUCAAUAAUUCUUUAGGUCCAGAGUAUUAAAUUAAAAAUAAUAUUUAUA